UGUGUGAGGAGGAGCCGUGCGUAUUUACGCUCAGACUGUGUGUGUGCGUAUGCCUGUCUCGAGGUAAGGUUGGAGGUCCCGCGGCACGCUGACUGGAGAGCUCCACUUGUCUGAGAGCGAGACCCGGCAGCGGGUGAUAAGGCUUCAAGAGAAGAAGAGAAGGAGGAGAAAGAAGAACGGCCGAGGAGCCGGUUACUUUUUGGCUUUUAAAUUUGACUGGUUCUCCACGCGCUCUCCCGGCGCAGCUGAGAACGAAAGCAAACAAGUUUAUUAAGAAGAAGGGUCGAUCCAACUAAAGCGGCACCAGAGUUUGAGAGAAUUUUUUUUUUAGCAUCCUUCUGUUGCCCCUCUCCCCGUCCCUUCUGAGCGCGUGCUGAUAGAGGAGGGACGGGAGAACCGGGCGGACGGACCGUGAAGUUGCGCGUCUUCUCCGGUACAGGAUCCACUGGAUGCGGGAUGAUGGAUUAACAUCCUUGACUCUGCCGCUUGACGCACGACACCCUUGUCCACCUGGGGAUUAUUUCAGCUCUCAUUGACUCCCCCUCAUUCCAUCUCGAGAUGACCGAGGAAUAUGUUUUUCGGUGCGUCCUGAUGCUCUGCUGCGCGCUUCUCUCGGCCAACGCGAGUAACUGGCUGUACCUUGCUAAACUGUCAUCAGUGGGGAGCAUCAGGGACGAGGAGACAUGCGAGAGGUUACGAGGCCUUAUUCAGAGACAGGUUCAGAUCUGUAAGCGCAGCGUGGAAGUGAUGGAUGCGGUGCGUCGUGGAGCCCAGCUGGCUAUAGAUGAGUGUCAGUUCCAGUUUCGUAACCGUCGAUGGAACUGCUCCACUCUGGAGUCGAUGCCUGUGUUUGGGAAAGUGGUCACACAAGGCACCCGUGAAGCAGCCUUUGUGUAUGCCAUCUCAGCAGCCAGUGUGGCAUUUGCGGUCACGAGGGCCUGCAGCAGCGGAGAGCUGGAAAAAUGUGGCUGUGACCACAAUGUACAUGGAGUCAGUCCAGAAGGGUUCCAGUGGUCAGGCUGCAGUGAUAAUAUUGCAUAUGGAGUGGCCUUCUCUCAGUCCUUUGUCGACGUGAGGGAGAGGAGUAAAGGCCAGUCCUCCAGUCGGGCUCUCAUGAACCUGCACAACAACGAGGCUGGAAGAAAGGCCAUCCUGUCCCACAUGCGUGUGGAGUGCAAAUGCCAUGGAGUAUCAGGCUCCUGUGAGGUGAAGACCUGCUGGAAAGCCAUGCCACCCUUUCGCAAGGUGGGUAACAUCAUCAAGGAGAAGUUUGAUGGCGCCACUGAAGUGGAGCAGCGCAAGGUGGGCACGACCAAAGUCCUGGUUCCUCGCAAUUCCCAGUUCAAACCUCACACAGAUGAAGAUCUGGUCUACCUGGAGCCAAGUCCAGAUUUUUGUGAUUAUGAUCCACGCACGCCGGGAAUGCUGGGCACGGUGGGCCGUCAGUGUAACAGAACCUCCAAGGCCAUAGACGGCUGUGAGCUGAUGUGCUGCGGCCGUGGCUUCCAGACACAAGAGGUGGAGGUGGUGGACAGGUGCAGCUGUAAGUUCCACUGGUGCUGUUAUGUCAAAUGCAAACAGUGCCGUAAAAUGGUGGAGAUUCACACAUGCCGGUGAUGGAGGUGGAGGUACAGAGGGAAAUGCUGAUGGACAAAACAAAUACCCCAUACUCCUGAUCAGUCCAAGGAGAGAGGGAGUAAGGAGGACUGGUUUAGCUCCUUCAUCUCCUCAAACCUUGAUACCAUCCCAGCCUUCUACUGCUAUUCAAUAGAAACAGACUGAGCGCUUGAGAGGUCAAAGGUCAUCCAAUCCUUUUUUGCCACCUUAAUGGACAUCAGUAGAUUAGGCAUGGGAUUUCCUACAACGCUACAGUCUGUUUGUUUCUUCUCAAGUAGAGAGCAUCUUUCAGUUCCUGUCUCACUCCCUCAUGAUCACGUUUGGUUUGUCACUGAUCCUUAUUUUUGUAAUGUUUAACUUAUUUGUUGAGAAGGGUGCUGAGGGGAUUGACAGGGAUCGUCCUAGAAGGACUACAGACAAACAGAUGAGUGGUGAUUAUAAUGGACAAAGUAGACAAAUGGCUAGGCAGUUGGGGGGGUUGGUUUAAGGAGUUAAGGAGGAGGGUUGUUUGCCUUCGGCCCUUCCUGCUGCUGCUGCUGCUGCUGCUGCUGCUUCAGGGACUCACUUGGAGUGCUGGAUGUCAAAAAUGGAGAUUGCGAGUCUGUCAGAGGACAGGCUCAACCAACAAAGAGGAACACUUUGUGAUUUGCUUUCCGAGUGGCUGAGCUGAGGCUGAGCUGCCUCUUAGUCACUUAUUUUGCCCUCCACAGUGCCCUGAUGCUGCUCCGCUCACUCAUUCACUGUCUUCCUAUCAAAGGAAGGACAACGACGGACAAAUAAAAGCCACUGUCAGCUGUGUCCUGUUCUUUCAGUAAGCAGGUGAUGGGCGUCAGUCAAACAAAACACUCACAAACAUUGCUCCAGAAAGACUCCUGUAUUCACCCACAGCUGCUACCAACAAACAGAAACCAGAAAGAUUACAUGAAAAACACUUUGCAGAUCAGCUUUAACAGGAUUUGUUGCAUAUCCUCAGUAUACAUUGUGUGCUCAUUUGGGAACUGAUGUUGAUCUUGACCUUCUCCUGCACGCUGCCAUCUGCCAAAUGCUAGUCAGCUUAAUGCAAACAACACACAGUCAAGUUAACACACAGUGACAUGCAUGCAUCUCCAAACAGACGCAAUGUAAAUACACAGUCAGACGUACAAAAGGGGUCUGCCAGAGGGCUGUCGAGCAUGUUCAUACACGAUGACUGAAGCACUUUCUCUCCAAGCGCACAUAGAGCAACAAACAUCCAACCACAUGUCCAGUGUUCCCUGUUCCUUUCCUAACACACACACAAACACACAGACAAACACAGUUUCCCAUGCCACUUUCAGGACUCUGUUGUCAUCAUAAAGCCAGGCUUUCCUAUAAUAACUUGCUAUCAUCAUAGAGACAUACUGUAGAUCUGUAAAGACUU